AUGAGUUUUGUGAAGCCUCUGAUCCUCGCGGCAGUUUUUGUCGCCGUCGCCAUGGCGGCCGACGACGACAAGAAGGUCGACAAACUGCAGAUCGGCGUCAAAAAACGUGCCGAGUCGUGCGAAAUCAAAUCCAAGUACGUUUUUGAUCAUUGCCAGGGAAAUCUCUCGAUUUUUGCGUUGAAACAGGUUGAAUUUUGACUAUUUUUUGAAUAUUUUCACGCCGAAAUUCCCUCGGGCAAAGUCGGAAUGGUAGAUAAUAGCCGCUAAAAGGGAGAGGCUCAAAAAAGGCUGCAAAAAGAAUCCCUUUUACGAGCCUUCCAUUUUUGCUGGGUUUUUGAAGUCAAGAAAUGGUGCACAGCGUUCUAAAGCGGGGUUCCCGCCCCUUUUCUGAAAAGCAUGCGGACGUUGCAUGAGUGGGCGUGGCUAACAAUCGUCUUUUCGCGUCGUAAUUAAGAGUCCGGAUUUUUUGAUUAUUUGAAGGCUAGCAUUUUUUUUUUCCUGACAUUUAUAGUUUCCAAGUGUUGCUAGUCAUUUUCUAUAACUCUCUUAAAAAUUUCGCAGUUUAUUUUUCUUGUGGUUUGAUUGGUUCAAAGGACUACAUAAUUGUUCUGUUCACGAAAGUCGAAAUUUUUUUAACUCAGGUUUGAUUUUUGUAUUCUUUUUUUCCUGUUUAAGUAAUUGAAAAACUGAUAAUGUGAUCGAUUCCUGGAGUUGAAAUUUCGAUUUUCGGUUUUUGUCUCUUAGGUACAGACCAAUUACACCUUUUUUUGAAUUUUUUUCGUCAAGUCGAAAUUUUUUUCUCUUUUGCGCAGACACUGACAGCUUUUUUUCUUGGUUAUUAGUUGGAAACUGAUAUUUUGAUCGAUUCUUGAGUUGGAAUUUCGAUUUUUCGGUUUUUGUCUCUUGGAUACAGUAUUUUUUUUAUAAACAACGUUUCGGCACAUAACCGAGCUAUGGACACUUCAAAAAAACUUUCUAAAAACGUUUAAAAAAACAUUAAUUAAAAAUUUUACGUGCAUAGAAAUAAAAAAAGAUUUAAAAAAAUCGAAAAAAGUUAAUAGCAUGUAAAUUAAAGAAAAAAAAGCACCUUGAUUUUGAUUGACAACGCUCCAAGUUACGCGCUCCAUUGAGAAUAGUUUGCGCCUCUUUCUGCGUGAACCCCGUUUUAGAACGCUGUGGGUGGAAAAAGGGAGAGACAGCAAAAAAGUUACUUUUCGUAUACUGUAACUUCUCUGUUCACUUAUUUUCAUAGAAGUACAAAAAAGUUCGAAUUUUUUUAACAUAAAAAAAUUGAGAAAUGUGGGGGGUAAGUGGAUUAUAAGUUCUUUGAAGUCUUAUUCAAGAGCUCCACCCUAUUAAUUGAAUAUCGAGAGUGAAGGAAAUCAUUUUGAUGAUUUUGGAGUUUUAAUAGUCAAAAAGUUUGAAGCCUGGGUUUGAUCCAGCUUUGAAAGAAAAGCAUUUUGAGCUUAACAUAUCGUUUUUCGCAAUUUCCUUGAUUAAAUUCAGGAAAUUUAACAAUAGUCUGUGGAGAAUCUACAGUAGGAAUUUUUUUUUGAGUUUCAAAAGGUCCCGUUCUUUGAAAAAUAUUAAAUGUUGACUUUGAGGAAGGGCGACACUCUCCACAUGCACUACACUGGAACUCUUCUCGACGGAACCGAGUUCGACUCCAGCCGCACCAGAAACCAAGAGUUCACCUUCACUCUCGGACAGGGACAGGUGAACUUUUUCAUUCGAUGGUGAAAUGUAGAAAGUUUCAUCUGACGAUUUCUGACGAAAAACCCUUGUAAACCAUUGGUGAAAGCUUCGCUUCGAGACCUUUUUGCGAAAAACUCUCGUGACCACUUAAGAGGUUUCUCGAGGACCACUUGCCACUAAAACCAUCUUAGAAGCCACUAAUCUUCCUCUUAGUGGCCACUAUAAUAUUUCUAGUUUUCUAGUAGUACCACUGUUUAAAAAAACUGUUUAUUGCAUCUUCAAUGUAACAAUACAUGUGCAAUCGACUUUCAUUGAUUUCAACUGUGUUUAAACGGCGGCAGGAGCUGUGGCUUAGGCAGAGAAGUUGUGAAUUUCGCUCGUAAAACAUCAGGUACAAGAGAGGUCGUAGGAAGAAGUACGGUGCCGGCUUUCCAAAGGCCGAUGGCAGAGAUUGAGCCUUUUCGCUGGAUGCAGCUCCCAAUUUUAUCUACCCCGGAGGGAUGAAAGGCUUGGUCGACCUCGGGGGGACUCGAACCUACGACCUCGCGGACGUUAGAAAAGUACCACAUGGACUUCUAAAUAGGCAACUAUUUUUAGCCACUCAAGUGGCCGCUAAUUCGCCUACUAUAAUGGCCACUAAAAUGUUAAAACCCUAUAAUGGCCACUUGAAGUUUCACCAGUUUGUUUAUAGCUUUUGAAGCGUGAAUGCAAAAAAGAUCUCAUUUACUGUAGCUUAAUUUUUACUGUUGUUUACAGAAUAUUAUAGUUUUGAAAAUAUUAUGAAGUCCUCGAAAAUCAGUAGAAAGAAGAACAAGAGGAAAGGUAGGAAAUGUGUAAGAAAGCUUGUAGUUUUUUUUCUCUACCGUGUUUUAAAAACUUGACAGUGUUUUGCGGAGUAAAUUAGAGUUCGAAAAACAGUUCACAGUUCUCAAUAAUUGAAAAAAAGGUGGAGGGGUGCAAAAAAACCGAAACGAAGUAUUUUUCAGGUCAUCAAGGGCUGGGACCAGGGCCUCCUGAACAUGUGCGUUGGUGAACGCCGUGUUUUGACCAUUCCGCCGCAUCUCGGAUACGGAGAACGAGGAGCCCCGCCAAAGAUCCCUGGUCAUCUUUAAAAUCAAACUUUUCGGAAUUUCAUGGGAAAAAAAAACGGGAAAAGAUUAUAUGUUAGAAAAAUCAGAUUGCUCACGUUUUGAUGGCUUUUAUGAAUUUUUAAAGUUUCUUGAUCAAAGCUUGAGAUUUUAGAAAGGCAGAAAAUUUUUUUAUGAAGCGGAGGCUUGAGAAAUACGGCAAUUGGACCGUUUUUCUCAUUAGCUCUGUAGGUUGUAGUUGAAAUCAACAUCUUCAUAAUUUUUCAAGGCUAUUGAAAUCUGAAUAAUUGGUGAUUCACUUUCUUCCCAAGUGGAAAAAAAUUAUUUAAAAACUAUUGUGUUUUUUUAAUUUUUUUAUUUAAUUCAGAAAAACUUAAAUCAAAAAAAUCGCAAUAUUCCUAUAAGAGUUGAAAAUUUUGAUUUUAUAAACAUUUUAAGCAUGUUUUCUCUCCGACUUACCAAAGUUUAUGCGUAAAAUUUCAUUUUUAUGAAUUUCUAAGCAAUCUUCAACAGUUAAAGUUGGAAAAAUCACUCUUUUUCAACUCGAUUCUUCAGGAAACUCGGUCCUCAAGUUUGACGUCGAACUCAUGAAGAUUGACAGAAACUCGGAACUCUAA